AUGCAAAUCGGAACUGUGCUCGGUUUUGGGACAGAUCCAUCUGAAUCAUUGAAAGCCUUUCUAAAAAAUGGAAUAGGAUUUAAUAUGCUCAGAAAAAGCGGAAGUUCUGUUUUAGCCAGAAAUCCGCAAAUGUUUGAUCUAGGUUUGGAUUUCAAGUUUUAUCAGGAUGCCAAAGCCAUUAAAGAGUACGUUGACUUCUUGGAAGAAGAGUUUGAUUUGGUUUUAAUCGCAGACUAUUUUGAUGAGUCUGUGGUUCUUAUGAAGAGAUUACUAUGCUGGGAAUUGGACGAUGUACUUUUUGUAAAAACAAACGAACGGCUUGACGAGGACAAAGCUACUGAAAUAUCAGAUGGUACGAAAGAGAACAUCAAACGGUGGAACAAAGCCGACGUGUUGCUGUACGAACACUUUAACCAAACUCUUUGGCAAAGAAUCGAAAGGGAAGGAAAAGACUUUUACGACGAUCUUACGAACUUUCGUCGAAUGAAACAGGAACUUUAA